AUGCCUGCACGGGCGAAGAAGUCUACGAAGAAAUUCGAGAAGAAUCACCUCAAAGAUGCCAUCGAAAAGCGCAAAGAUGUCGCCAAGAUCAAGCAGCGCCAGCAGAUCAAAACCAAGAAGCAGGCUAGGAACGCAGCUGACAAGGCUAGAGCACCUGAUGAUGAAGACAAGCCUGCGGUACCGACAAAGGCCAAUGGAUCCGCAGCUGCUGAUUUGAGCAAAAUGAGUGUCGAUGAGUUCUUCCAGGGCGGCUUCGACCUCCCGGAACAGAAGACCAAGGGGAAGAAGGCUGUCAAGACAAAGGAGGUAGCACAAAAGACAGGAAAGAGGAAGCGUGAAGACGAAGAUGACGAAUUAGACGAUAGUGUCCCAGAGAAGGGCAGCCCUUUCGCCAGCGAAGACGAGAUGGGCUCCGACCCGGAAGAUGGAUUAGAAGCACACAAGGACGACCUGGAUGCGUUGGCCGAGAAAGAUCCGGAGUUCUACAAGUAUCUCAAGGAAAAUGAUGCUGAGUUGCUGGAUUUUGGUGAAGAUGCAGACCUGGCAGAAGUCGAUCAAUUGAGCGAGGAGGAAGAGGUCCCGAAAAAGAAACGGAAGAAGUCCAAAGACAAAAAGGAGGUGCAGCAAGAGGCCGAAGAUGACGAGUCGGAGGUCACAACAGCCAUGGUCCGCAAAUGGAAGACUGCAAUGGUGGAACAACACUCAUUACGUGCCAUGCGUCAAACUGUUCUCGCAUUCAGGGCGGCUGCUUAUGUCAAUUCGGACGAUGACAAAGAGCACAAGUAUUCCAUCUCAAGUCCAGACGUCUAUAACGAGCUACUUUUGACUGCACUCGAGCAUGUCCCCAAAGUGCUAAGCCACCACCUACCAGCAAAGGAGUCAAGUUCCGGCAAAGUACGCAUUGCGACUGAUUCGAAGAAGUAUCGAACCCUUACACCGCUACUGAAAUCACAUUCAGCAUCUAUACAUCACCUCUUGGAGAACCUAUCAGACGCUCCAACCAUGAAAAUGACCUUACUAUGUCUGAUUCCCCUCCUGCCAUACCUCCUAUCAUUCAAAAAAGUCCUCAAAAACCUCAUCAAGACAACCGUCCACAUCUGGUCCGACACCUCGACUGACGAAGCCACCCGAAUCACCGCCUUCAUGCUCAUCAGACGCCUCGCUGUCAUAAGCGAUGCCUCCCUCCGCGAAGCAGUCCUCAAAAGCACCUACCAGGGUUUCGUCCAAGGCAGCAGAAUCACAAACAUCCAUACCCUCCCCGGCAUUAAUCUCAUGAAGAACUCCGCUGCCGAACUAUGGGGACUGGAUCCAAACAUCGGCUACACAACAGGCUUCACUUACAUCCGCCAACUCGCCGUCCACCUACGAACCAGCAUCACGCACCCCACGAAAGACUCGUACAAGACCAUUUACAACUGGCAAUACACCCAUAGUCUCGACUUCUGGUCUCGGGUCCUCUCCACGCACUGCUCGAACCCCCUCCUCAAAUCUCCAUCGGCCUCCCCCCUUCAUCCCCUGAUCUACCCUCUUGUCCAAAUCACCUUGGGCGCCCUCCGCCUAAUCCCGACACCGACAUACUUCCCCCUCCGCUUCCACCUGACCCGCUCCCUCCUCCGCGUGUCCCGAACAACAUCAACCUACAUCCCGCUAGCGCCCGCACUCCUCGAAGUCCUUUCAUCCCCCGACCUCUCGAAGCCGCCUAAGCCCUCAACCCUCCCACCCCUCGACUUCUCCGUCGCCCUCCGGGUGCCGAAAUCCUACCUCCGAACCCGCAUCUACCAAGACGGACUCGGGCAGCAGGUCCAAGAACUCCUGGCCGAAUUCUUCGGCUGCUGGGCCAAACACAUCGCCUUCCCCGAACUCAUCAUCCCGCCCACGGUGGCCUUGAAACGCUGGCUCAGAACCGCCUCGUCCCUCCCCUCCAAGGGCAACAAAUCCGCAACCAACAGAGCCGAGCGCGAAGGCAAGGGCAACAAGAACGCCAAACUCAACGCCUCCAUUUCCUUGCUCCUGCAGAAGCUCUCAGCCAACGCGCAAUACGUGGAAGGGCACCGGGCCAGCGUCAGCUUCGGCCCCAGCGACCGCCAGGGCGUGGACAACUUCCUUCGGGAUGUGCCCGUCGAGGAGACGCCGCUGGGCGCAUAUGUCGACGGGUCGAGGAAGCAGAGGGAAGAAAAGGAGAGGGUGUUGGGCGAGAGUCGGAGGGAGGAUGAAGCGAGGAGAGCUCAAGGGGAAAAGGAAGAUAGAGAUGGGGAUGGGGAUGUGGAGAUGCUCGAUGGGGUUGAAGAGGAUGAGGAGGAUGAUAUGGAUGAAGAGGGAAAUGGUUCCGAAGAGGAUGAUUAG